AUGAGCACGGUCGAUAAGAUGCUGAUAAAGGGUAUCCGGAGUUUCGACCCGGAGAACAAGAACGUCAUCACGUUUUUUAAACCUUUGACUCUAAUCGUCGGCCCAAACGGCGCUGGCAAAACGACUAUUAUAGAGUGCUUAAAGGUUGCCUGCACUGGCGAAUUGCCCCCUAAUGCACGGUCUGGUCACAGUUUCAUUCAUGACCCCAAGGUGGCAGGGGAGACAGAGACAAAAGCCCAGAUAAAGCUUCGGUUUAAGACGGCAGCGGGUAAGGAUGUGCUGACCCAAAAGGCUACCAAGAUGGAGUACAAGGCCAUUGAGUCUGUGCUCCAGACAAUAAAUCCUCAUACUGGAGAGAAGGUUUGCCUAAGCUACCGAUGUGCUGAUAUGGACCGGGAAAUUCCUGCUCUUAUGGGGGUUUCUAAGGCUAUUCUUGAGAAUGUUAUUUUUGUUCAUCAAGAUGAGGCCAACUGGCCAUUACAAGAUCCUUCUACACUGAAAAAGAAGUUUGAUGACAUCUUCUCCGCUACUAGAUACACAAAGGCCUUGGAGGUUAUAAAAAAGCUUCACAAAGAUCAGGGUCAAGAGAUAAAGACAUAUAAGCUGAAACUGGAGAAUCUACAAACCUUGAAAGAUGCUGCAUACAAGCUUCGAGAAAGCAUUGUGCAAGAUCAAGAGAAAACAGAAACUUUAAAAAAUCAAAUGCAGGAGCUUGAGAGAGAGAUAAAAAAUGUGGAUGAAGCACGUUGCUUUUGGAACAGCAGAAACGCUAUCGAGAUCUUGCUGAGGAAAAUGAAGACACCGAUGAAGAAUUAA